AGUUUAGCCGCCCUUUUAGCCGCCAUAAAAGAAAUAUAAUAAUGAUAGCUGAUAAUACUGAGAAAUUUAACAGUCGUUAAUAAAUUUUACGCAAGACUACGUUCAUGGUAAUGACAGCUAUUGCUUUCGCAUUAGCUUUAUCUCAACAGAAAUUAUCACUUCCACAUUUAUGCGAUAAACUUUCUGUAAAAUAUUUUCUUCGUCUGCAGUUAUGUAUGAUAAAGGCAAUGUACAACACAUUUAAAUCAGAAGGCUUUACGAAACGUUAUGCUUCUCAGGACAUUAUUGAUUAUUUUACUGAUUUCGUGUCUUGCGGAGAGUGCUUGUCCUCCCCCAGAAAAAAUUUACCCUUUUUGCACAUGUCGGGAAGAAGACAGACAGAGUUCAAUGACCUGCAGAAAUAUGCAGAGCUUUGAAGAUCUUCUCCUUCCAAUUCAAGCGACAGUAAGGAGAGAUAUGUUCUCGCUUCAUAUCAUUAAUUCCUCCCUCCUGUAUAUACCUAACGGACUUUUCCAAGAAACUAAUUUCAAAGAAAUUUAUCUCAUUCAAACGGAAUUCACUUCUUUCUCCGAUACGGAUAUAGCUUUCGAUGGACUGGAAAAUACUUUGACUAAGAUCUCCAUUUCAGGUUCCAAAUAUGUAGCUCAAUGGGAGUGGUCCCAGCUACGCAAUUUGCAACGAAUCGAAUCCAUAACGAUCAACUCUACUUCAAUGUAUUCCAUUGACCAGACAAUUCUUGUGCCGAAUAUAAUUAGGCUAGCAAUUACUCAAUCAGAGGUCUCCUUCAUUUAUGAUGAAGCAUUUCAAGCCCUGAAUAAAUUAUUAUACAUGACUCUAAAUGAAAACAACAUAAAGGUGUUGAAAAGAAGCAUGUUUCCCAAGCCAUGUAGACUUCAAUUAUUGGACUUAAGGAAAAAUCAGUUGCGGUAUCUCCCAGGAGACUUAUUCGAAGAUAUGCCAGAAUUCCUUAUUUUAAGGCUAGAUGAAAACCAAUUUGUAACUCUAAACGAGAAGGAGUUUUCUCUGCCAAUGAGCAAGUUGGCUUGGUUCUUCAUGGCAGAUAACCCACUAAAGUGCGAUUGCCGAAUGCGCUGGAUAGUCAAAAGCAGGAAGCCUCCACUUUUCACAGCUUCUUGUAGUCUACCGGAAAAUCUGAAAGGUGUGAAUGUAAAAGAUCUAACAGUUAAUCAGCUUUGGUGUUGAUAAAGUUCGAAGAAAGGGAAAAAUGUAAAACGAAAUUUGACAUAAUAUAAAAUUAAUUUCUCAGAGAUUAUUGAUCAAUAUUGUAAUAUUUAUAUUUGUAAAUAUU